AAAGGAUAUUUUUGGGUUUUUAGAGAACAAUAAGCUCGAAAAAGUGAAAUUAGCUCAAAAAGUGUUUUGUUUGCAGAUUAUAAAGGAUAUUCAUGUUAUGUAGAGGCAGAGCAGUGUCAACAGUUAAGGGCGGGUGCGAGAGGAAUGGCCGAAUACGCGGCCGGUGGAGACGACGACGGCGAAGGAACUACUAGCCCCAGAUGCAAGCGACGGCGUCUUCCCAUUUUCGUCACCAACUCAACCCAAGAAAACCCAGAACCUCCACGAGAAGACGAGCGACACACGGACAGUGAAGAUGAUCAAUGGGAGGAAGAGGGCGACCGGGCCCAACGGGUUAGCCAGGAGGGUCCUGUUUCCUCCGAGCCCGACAGGAAUCGGUCCACAAUUCCUGUUUUCAAGGUGUCUGGUGAAGGGGAUCUUCAAGUGGUGAAGGGAAAUAUUGAAAAGCAUAAUGUUUUAGAAGGGAAGAGGAGAAAGAAGACGAAACAAGUAACUACUCCUCGUCCUGCAUGCUCAUGGGUGUAUUUUAGCCGGGAGUUUAUCAAGGAGUACAGUGCUUCCCAUCCUGAGUCCUCUGGCCUAAAAGCUGCCACAAAAGCAGCGUCUGAAACUUGGAAGUCAAUGAGUUUAGAUGAAAAAGCAAAAUUCACUACUCGUGCUCGUGAAGUGUGGGAUAACUACUUGAGUGCAGCUCCCCCCCGUACGCCUAAACCAAGGAAACAGACUAAGCUGGUCACGAGAUGCUCUCCUGGCCGCUUAUUCAACGUGCUACAACACCUUACAGCUGAGCAAAAGGAUGCAGUCAAGAUCAUGGGGUUUGGGAGCCUCCUCGGGCUUAGGUGUCGGACACUCCGCCGCAGUUUGUGUCUUUGGUUGUUGGAGAGAUUUAACACUAUGCAGCGUAGCUUGGAGAUUUGCGGUGGACAUAUUCAUUUAUACCCAAAAGAUGUGGAGCUUGUGAUGGGAUUAGCUGCUAGUGGAAAGGAUGUUGUGAACUCGGGGCCAGAUGACUUAAUUGCAGACUUGAGGAAUAAUUAUAAUGCAACAAAUCGUGGUAUUUCAGUUCGUCUGCUAGAAGAAAGGUUGUCAGCUCCUGAAGCAGGAGAUGAUUUUAAGAGAUCGUUUGUCCUAUAUGCAUUGGGUACUCUCCUGUCUCCGACAGCAAGACUAGAUGUUAGCCCUUCAUUUCUUCACUUCUUAACAAAUAUGAGUGUCGUCCACCAGUACAACUGGGGGAAGUUCCUACUUGACCGGUUGGUUCGGGAGAUAUCACGGUUUCGUCAAGGGAAGCAACAAGCCGUUGGUGGCUGUCUUUUGUUUCUCCAGCUCUUUUAUUAUGAAAGAAUUUCCAUCGAAGGAACUCGUGAUCUUUCUUCAGCUGUUUCUCCAUGCUUAUCUUCAUGGGGGGAGGAUGAGAUUACAGAACGAGAAAAGCAAGAAAGAGAGCGUGGUGGUUAUGGCUGCGGACAGGUGGUUUUCAAGGACAGGUGCCUUGGUGUGGAGACUUCUGAGGAUAGACCACCCGCAUGCAGUAUAAUCAAUGGGGUUGAGCAUGAUCCCUUGCUUUUGCACAAGGCGAACCAGGUUGAUGAAGAAGGGAUGAGCGGGGAAAUUAUACAAGAGGAAAAUAAUAUGCCUAUUUUUCUCAAGAGUAAGGAUGUAGUUUGCGGGGAUAUUGAACUGAUCGUUGAAUCGGUCAGAACACCAUGCCAAAACAAAGAGUACGGAUGCAAUGAAAGAGUGGAUUGUGUGAGGAAUAAUGACCAUGAAGGGACAUGCAUGUAUGCACCAUGUGCUUGCCCACUUCCAGGGUGCAAUUUUGUCAGUUCUUUCUACCAGUUGUCCCUGCACUUCAGUACCAAGCAUUGGGACUCGGGAAGGCGUUUCAGGUACAAGAGCGAGUUCGCUGUUUCCCUGAAGAUGAACGAACAAGUUCUUGUUCUCCAAGCAGAAGAUGAUGGCACUCUUUUUCUCCUCAACAAGGGUAUUGAAAGCAUCGGGCACACCGUAAUGCUAACCUGCAUCGCACCAAGUUCUUCAAAGAGAAGGUUCAUGUAUGAUCUCGUGUUGAAACGAGGAAGCAGCUCUCUCAGAUUAAAUUCACUUGCAGAGUGUUUCCCGGGGAGGGUUGAAGGUUUUCCGCAGAUGGAUUUUUUCUUUGCUCCAUAUCGCUUUCUCGAUUCAACUGGCCAGCUUAACCUGGAUGUUUGUAUACGUAAUUGUGAGGAAGAACUGAGUGGUGAUUAUUCUUGAUUUUGUAAAUCAAUGUGCUGCAAAAAUCACUGGCAUGAAACCCCUUUCGCCCAUUCGCCCCCAAGUUUUGCAUGAUGGCGUUCUUCGAAUAUGAUCCUGAAUUCUGAGGCCUUAAGUCUCGUCUCGCAGGGAGAUCCAUAGAAGCAGCAAACUGAUAAUUGUUAUAAUCUACUAGUGUGGUAGAAGAAUAGAAAUAGAGUACAGUAAUUGAUCUUGUUUUUUGCUUGCUAGUCGACUCCUCUGCUUAGUUGAGUUUAGUUGCACAUGUCAUUGCCUCCGCAAAGUCGGGCAAUCUGAUUGUAGAAUAACAAAAGUGGGCGGACUACUAUGAGUUUGUUCGGUUAUAUUUUUG